AUGCACCUUGGCCCGAAUGGGGCGACCGGAGCCGAGGAUCUCGCGGAGGAGGAGGCGGAGAUCGCCGCGUGUACCGUGGAGAUGAUCGGGUCAGAUAUGAUAUUGAUCGAAGUGGCCGCGGCGGCAGAGCCACCUGCGCAGGUCUACACGCCUCGUACUGGAGGAAUUCCCAUCCCAGACGCCCAGGUCCAUGCCAUCGAAUAUGCUCGCCAGAAGGCCCGCAUUUCGCUCGAGUUGGCAAUGAACUCAAUGAGUCUCGACGGCUCUGGCGUGUUGCCAGCUCGACCCGGUCACGGCACCCGAUAG